AUGACUUCUGAGAACAUCAUCACCACAUCAGAAAACACAGAUUUGGGAACUGCUGAAGAUAUUCUUCAGGCGAAUAAAAUUGAAAAAUUACCAGUGGUGGACGAUCAGAAUAAAUUGAUCGGACUUAUCACUUUUAGAGACAUUAUCAAGGUAAAAGAACACCCGAACUCUUGUAAAGAUCAGUAUGGACGUUUGCGCGUUGCUGCUGCUGUUGGGGUGACUCACGAUACAUUGGAGCGUACAACUGCAUUGGUUGAGGCUGGUGUUGAUGCGAUUGUUAUUGAUACCGCUCACGGUCACACAGAAGGAGUUGUUGCUAAGCUAAAAGAGGCAAAAGCGAAAUUCCCUGAAUUGGAGAUCAUCGUUGGAAACAUUGCAACUGCAGAGGCUGCUAAAUUCCUUGCAGAUGCUGGUGCGGAUGCUGUGAAAGUUGGAAUCGGACCAGGAUCGAUUUGUACUACACGAAUCAUUGCUGGAGUUGGAGUUCCUCAAUUGACAGCCGUAAACGACGUAGCCAAAGCAUUAGAAGGAACAGGUGUUCCAGUAAUCGCUGAUGGAGGUAUUCGCUACACAGGAGAUGUUGUUAAAGCAAUCGCCGCCGGAGCGGACACAAUCAUGCUUGGUUCGAUGUUUGCAGGUGUUGAAGAGUCUCCGGGAGAAACAAUCAUCUACCAGGGACGUAAAUUCAAAACGUAUCGUGGAAUGGGAUCUUUGGAAGCUAUGCAGAAGGGAUCGAAAGAUCGUUACUUCCAGGCUGCCGAGGAUGAUGUUAAAAAAUUAGUACCAGAAGGAAUCUCAGGACGCGUACCAUUUAAAGGGAAAUUGGUCGAAGUAAUGUACCAAAUCAUUGGUGGUCUUCGAUCUGGAAUGGGAUACUGCG